CAUAAUCCCCUUCACGGUGAUGAGUUUGGGAUCGGCUCUCUCCGUUCAGACUUGUGUCACGCAGCGGGAUGUGAAGCCUCCACAUCUUCUCCACUGGCGCUUUGAAGACAAACAUGUCCGCUCAGGGACUGCUGAGCAGCGUUUUUUCCUGCUCCCUCAGUCCCAGGGCCAUCUCCAAGCGUGGGCUGAGGCAGACCAGGAGCUUGGACCCGGUACUGAUGAGGCACUACGGAGCCGAGAGCACGUCCUACCAGGGAGGCUUCACUUGGAACAGCGUGUCGGGACGCUCUGUGGGUCUGAAGCCUGUCCCUCUGCAAAGCCUCUCUGAGCUGGAGAGAGUUCGUCUCCAGGAUGUUGCCUUCAGGAGACUUCUUCGGGAUCGUAACUUGGGCUGCCACAUUACCAUCCCUAAAUACGUUCACAAACAUAAAAAGUCCCUGAGGCGGAAGCUGGAUUCACUAUCCAGGGAGAAGAGUAAAGACAGAGAAGCGCCACCCCAGGUGUUUAGCAUCCCGCUGGCACAGGUCAUCUCCAACGACCGCACACACAAGCAGCGAAAUGAUGCUCCACAGGAGCAGCACUGUGACCCAACAGAACUGGUGCUGUCCUUCCUUCACUUCACCUCCACCUUUAAGAAGGCCAACAAGGAGCUGUCUAGUAGCAACUCAUCCCUGAGCUCCAAUUCAGAAAGUUCUCAUGUGUCACCUUUCAUGCAUGCUGCCGACACAGCCCCACGGACACGCAGAAGGGGUGGCGUGUCCGUGGACUGCAUCACUGACUUAGACGACAACCAGUCUCAGCUCUUGGAGGCCCUCCAGCUGUCUCUGCCGGUGGAAAAUGCGGUGGACAGCAGGAAGAAGCGACACAACAAAAAGCUGAGUCUCAACCCCAUGUACCCACAGGUGCCCCGGGUAGUGGAGCUCUGCUGCCAGCACAUGGAAAGUCAUGGUUUGCAGACUGUUGGAAUUUUCCGUGUGGGAAGUUCCAAGAAGAGGCUGAGGCAGCUGCGCGAAGAGCUCGAUCAGGGAUGGGAGCUCCAUUUGGACGAGCAACACAGCGUUCACGAUGUGGCAGCUCUACUGAAAGGGUUUCUCAGAGACAUGCCCGACCCACUAUUGACAAGAGAGCUUUAUACUGCAUUUAUUAACACAACAUUGUUGGACCAGGUGGAGCAAGAGAAGGCCAUCCAGCUCUUGGUGUUCUUGCUUCCUCCGUGCAACUGCGACACGUUGCAGCGUCUUCUAUGUUUGCUGUCCUCUGUGGCUGCACAUGCUGACGGCACGCUGGAUGAGUCAGGACACAAGAAACCAGGAAACAAGAUGACCUCAUUAAAUUUAGCCACCAUCCUUGGGCCCAACCUCUUGCACAAGCAAAAAAACCCAGACAAAGAGUUUGCGGUCCAGAGUCUAGCCCGCGCCGAGGAGAGCAGCGCCAUCAUCAGAGUAGUCCAAACCAUGAUUGAUGCAUGUGAAUCUCUGUUUUUGGUUCCUGCUGACCUCCAGAAUGAGGUUCUGCUGAGUCUGCUAGAAACAGAUCCUGACGUUGUAGAUUACUUACUGCGGCGGAAAGAGACUCCAUACUGCGUCUCAGGUGUGGUUGGACCAUGUGCGCCCACGUUGAUGGAAAGGUGCUCCUCGAACGAGUCCAUGUCCAGCGGAGAGGCGUCUCCCUAUGAAAACAGCUCUCCAGUCCUGUAUGAGCGGCCUCUGCUGGAGGGCGAUGGGACACUCUCAAACGGCGGCACCAAAACUGCUUCUGAGCUCAGUAGUGGGUCAGCGGACGCAACUAGAGGCACACCGCCCACCUUUACAAUCGAGGAGGCCUUAGAAGACGAUGAGUUCUGGGACACCUGGCAUCAAUUCUUCAGCAAGAACGACAUUGAUCUCAAAGGCUGCCUUGAAGAUGCCUCUGAAUGGAAGUCAUUUGGAUCACUGAAGGGGCUGAACGGUCGCCAAGGUAACAACAAGCUCCCCAUCAGACCUACAACGCAGAUCUCAUUGGAUGCAUUAGAAUGCAGGCCACACCUCCCGGUGACUCGCAGUAGACGCGGUGGCGACGACAGCCCUGGCGACCAAAUGGAACCGAGGCAACCAGAACCAUCGUUACAUCAGGUACCCAUCAGCCAAUCGGGAGCCGUCAGCUCGGACAACGUGGCGGGCAGGACAGGACGCCCUGUUGAUGGGGAUUGUUUGUUUCGACCUGUCAGGAAGAUGCACGUCUCUCAUUCCGCGCCAUCUUUCAUCACUGAUCAGUCUGACGCACAAACACAGAACACAACCCCGAGAAGUGGACCAGAACAGGCCUCUAGGAACGCAAAGAGUCCGACGGACAAGUGUCACAUAUGGCAGAUUUUGUCCAAAAACAAUGGAGACGCGCUUCCCGAAACACUGGUGUGACACGACUUUCUGAUGAGAUGCUGGGAAGUAGCAGCACUACAGGAUAUUGUCAAGACUCUUGUACUAUGUGUUCAUAUACAGUGGGGCAAAAAAGUAUUUAGUCAGCCACCGGAUGUGCAAGUUCUCCCACUUAAAAUGAUGACAGAGGUCUGUAAUUUUCAUCAUAGGUACACUUCAACUGUGAGAGACAGAAUGCGAAAAAAAAAAAAAUCCAGGAAUUCACAUUGUAGGAUUAGUAAAUUAUGGCGGAAAAUAAGUAUUUGG